AUGGAAGUGCAACAGCGGGAGGAGGGACUGGUGCCAGAUCUUGGACAGGGAGUUGAAGAGGUCAAUGACAUAGGAACCCUCCAAGGACUGCCACCCCUGGCAGCGCCACUGGAUGCCUUUGACCACUUUGACCCGGAGCAGCUGGACGUUCAAGCGAUUGAACCCGUCGAUAGUCUCUAUGGGUGCUUCGGGGGUCGCUGCUUGGUGUUGUACAAUGUGCUCUCUGAGGAAGAAUGCCAGGUCCUCAUCAGCUCCAUGGCCACGGAUGACAUGAUGGAGGCUGUUGCCUACCAGCAAGACUAUCGUAAGAAUGACCGGGUCAUCUUCGCAUCCGAGGAACUUGCCCUCCUGUUGUGGAAGCGUGUGCAACCCACUGCAAGUCAUCUGGCAAUCCACAUCGAUGGAGAUGGCCAUGAAUGCUCGCGACAGCGCCUUCUUUCUGACACAACUCAAGGGGACAGGCUCUGCCCCCGAGCCUUGCAGGCCCCUGUCGGUUGCCAUGGAAUUUGGGAGCCCAUUGGUUUGAAUGAGCGCCUCAGGUUGUGCCGCUACAGGCCUGGUGGCUUCUUCCGGCCGCAUUGCGAUGGGAUCUACAUGCGCAACCAGGAGGAGAUGUCACUUUUCACAUGCAUGUUCUACCUGGAUUCGAGUAUGGAGGGUGGGGCCACAAAGUUUCUCAAGCAGGAUGCAGUCCUCGAUGGCAAGAGAAGUCAAGAAGGUGACAUCUUAGCAUCAGUGGAGCCAAGAAGAGGCAUGUGCCUGCUCUUUUUCCAGCCAGGUUUAAUGCAUGAAGGUGAGGACGUGCAUGGCGGUGUCAAGCAUAUCCUCAGGACCGAGGUGAUGUUCCGCCGGAAGCCUGGAACAGGUGCUCAACUCACUGAGAGGCAAGAGGAAGCUCUCCGGAUUGUCCGGGAGGCCGAGGCUGCAGAACUAGCAGGAUCUCUUACCUUGGCCUGCGAUUUGUACAGACGAGCUUUCAAAAUGGAUCCGUCUUUGGAGCGGCACUUCUGA